AUGGACCUUAAUUAUAAUUUGAAUGCCAACCUGAACACCUCUGGUGGCUAUAGCGCAAUGCCAUCACAACAGAGUAAUGCUGGCACGUCCAUGUGGAUCGGGAGCUACCCGUCCCAGCAGCAGCUGCAGCAGUUGUCAGGCCAAAUGGCUAAUGUUAACAUGGCCGAUACCGGCACCAACUAUCUGGAUGCUUAUAUGGCUAUAUCACAACAAAAUGGCAUUGGAGUGUCUGCUAACACACCCAACAGGGACUUUUAUGUGACCUCUGUGCAACAAGCUCCACCGGGUGGUAUAAACACUACUAUCGCCAACAGUAAUAAUUAUGCAGAUUUGCAGGCGGCUGCAAGACUUGCCAACCAACCAUUGUCACCAACACUAGAUUUUGAAAUGGCACAAGUUGGGAUGAUGACAACAGAACAGCAACUCGCUCUCCUGUCAGAGUUACAGCGCAAAAACGCAGCAGCUGGUCUGAUUUCGCCACCAUUCUCACCACCCGCUUACCCGAACAACCAACAACCACAGAUGCCAAAGCAAUACGUGGUAACGAGUAACAUAAGUGCCGGUUCUGUCCCGAUUUCGCCCUCCUACACGGAAUCCGGCUCGGCACCACAGACUCCAACGUCCGAGAGAUUUGAAACCUCGGUCCCUGCCAAAUCUAGCUCUCCAGAGAGUACCGGAAGUAAUCUGCAUCAGCGAUCCUUUACGAUUUCUGAAACAAGUAGUACUACGUCAUCAACAUCAGUGCCUGGAUCACCAACUUGUGGUAUGUCUUCUGUUCAUGAUGAUGUCAUAGACUCGCCGCGACUUACUAGAUCACCUUCAACACCACAUAGACCUAUAAAAACUACACACGUUCCGAUUCGAUCUAAAUCACUUAAAUUCGAUGUGAAAUUCCCACAGGACAAAUGCCACAAAUGUUUAAAGAAGGUGUAUAAGGUCGAAAGUGUAGGUCCUGUAAAAGGAGCCGUCUAUCACAACACGUGCUUUACAUGCAAGGCAUGCAAAACUAAACUAACUUUGAAAAAUUAUUGUUUGAACCAAAAUGACAAAUACGAUGUUUCUGUUUAUUGUAAAUCGCAUCAACCAACUAUAACGGACAAGGGAAGCCAUCUCGAUGCCAACUCCAUCCUCAUCAAAGGAGCCAUGAGUGUACCGAAACUCGACAAAGUCAAUGAGCAAAUCAAGGUUAACAAAAAUAGCAAGUAUCAUAUGGACGCGAACUCUCUGGACAUUUCUCACGCGCGGAAUGUACCUGCAACUGAUCUACAGACGGGAAAUAAAGUGAAAGCCAAGGCUUGGAAGAAACAGGACAGGACAUUGGACAUCGUUCCUCCUCGAGAUGUUAUACGUCAUUGUGACGUAGUGCCAGAGUAUGACGUAGAUGAAUACGAGCACGCGCUUGUGGAACAACAGCCGGACUACCAUGGUGCGCGUUACUAA